AUGCAAAAUUAUUACGACUUCGGAGCCCCUGUCUUCCCGUUUCCCGUGCACAACCACCCGCCGGCACGCCGAAAAGCCCGCCGCGCGUCUUGGAAAGACUCGAUCUGCGCAAAAGAAAAAAAAAAAAAAAAACACAAAACACAAACACAACCUCCUCGUCACCGACAUCCCCUCCAUCCGAGCAGUGUGAGAUCAAGCCACCAAUCUAAUUCUUCUUACAGUUAUCACUGCCUCGCUUUCUAUUGCCCAGUACCAAUGCUGAUCGGUCUCUGCGGCCUACACUUCGUUGGCAAGCGCGCGCUGGCCGAAUUCCUUGUGGAAGAGCAUGGCUUCCACAUGAUCGAAAACGCCGAGGCCCUCAUGUCUAGCUCGCCAGAAGAUGCCAGUGACAGCGACGAAAACGACAAAAGCAACGAAAUCGACGCAAACGACGUAACCGAUAUAAAGGAGACGCAACACAUCAUCCCAUCUCACCGCCUUCUCCGGCAAUGCUGGAAGCCCGACAUCAACGUCGUGAUCCGAAACAUCCGUCCGCACCAUCCAUGCCUCCCCACCCUGCUCAAACGCCCCUAUUUUCUGCUUGUCUUUCUGGACGCCACCUUCCGCACGCGCUUAAGACGAGCUGUUACCAGCGACCUUGUUCCGAAAGACGGUUGGGAACAACUCGCCCGGCUCGAUGAUCACGACCGCUAUCCCCCAUCGCGUCAUACGGAAGCCCUUUCCGGGCUGGAACGGCUAUCGCGUCUGCGCAUCCACAACGACUUUUCAACAUUGGCCAAGUUACGUACGGAGCUACGGACGUUCAACUUUACAGAUAAGGAACGCCUGCGACCCAGCUGGGACACAUACUUUAUGUCGCUAGCCAAGCUAGCCGCGGAGCGGACAAACUGCAUGAAGCGGCGGGUCGGUUGCGUGAUCGCGCGCAACAAGCGGAUUGUAGCGACGGGGUACAACGGGACGCCAUCCGGCGUGACAAACUGCCUGGACGGGGGCUGCGGGCGCUGCAACGGGGCCGCCAGCAGCCAGGGCGUGGGCCUCGACCUGUGUCUGUGCCUGCACGCGGAAGAGAACGCGAUCAUCGAGGCGGGGCGGGAGCGAUGCGAAGGCGGGAUCUUGUACACCAACCUGUUCCCGUGCAUACUCUGCGCAAAGAAGAUUGUGCAGUCUGGCAUCCGUCGCAUCGUGUUCGAGACGCGGUACGCCACCGACGGCGCCGCAGAGCCGCUGCUGCGCAGCGGCGGCGUGCGCAUCGAUCAGUUCGACAGGGGCGACGUGACGCGCGGGCUCGAGGGCGCCGUUCUGCCGCCAGGGAGCUGA